AGUCACAAUGGCCUACACUUAAAUUUUACACUAGUUCCGCACUAGUUUUACAAGUGUUUUUACUCUUCGGUUUUUACACUAAUUCCGCACUAGUUCUACGAGUGUUCUCACAAUUCGAUUUUUACACUAGUCCCAUACUAGUUUUUUUUUUUUCAAGUGUUCCCACACUUGAGUUAAUUUUUAUCUAGUUCCGCACUAGGUUCAAAGUACAAGUGUUCAGACCCAACGUCUCAUUUCGUGGUUGAUAAAUAAAUUUGAAAAUAAAACAAAAAUAAAAAAACGCGAAUAAAAAAUGGGAAUCAGUGUAACCCGCAAAUUAAAACGACUAAGUUGUUGUGAAUCAGGUACGAGGGGCAAUGGGCUUUCGCAGUUUAAAAAAGGAGUGGAUUAUAUUAAUCCUGGUGAAGAAGAUCAGAUGGAAAUCUAUGGAUACCGUAGGAGUACAAUCUUUACAAUAAUCACUUGGUUCCUGAUAGUAGCAACUGGUGGUCUCCUGCGUCUUGUAUUCCAUUGGGUACCGCAUUUGAUGGUACGAGCAACUCAUUCAAAAUGUUCACUCGAUGAGGCUGAUACUGUGUUGCUAAUCGAAAGAUUUCAAGGCAAACAUGCUUGCUAUUACGUGAAAAAACUAAAGACACUGACUGCUGCUGAUGUAUCUAAAAAGGCAUUGGACAGUGAGACACUGAUUGAUGAAUCCUGGAAUGAUUCGGCUAGAGUCAAUUCAACGGAUCUGGCUGGCGUGAUAACUAUUGAUGAUACUCUAAAACUGUCGGUUCACUUGCACAGCGGACAUUUUAAACGCGUGUCCUCCAUUUUGAUGUUUACAUGCAAAAAACUUGUUUAUAUCUGGGAUAAUGAACGAGGCGAAUUUCGUAAGAUAGCUGGUCUAGAUACUGGUGUUUCUACGUCAACGUUACACCAAAUGCCGGGUUUGACUUCUCAAGAACAAUUUCUGAGACGCAGCGUUUACGGGAAAAAUGAAAUAAAAAUUCCGAUGAAAAGUUUCAUCCAUUUAUUGUGUCUCGAGGCACUGAAUCCAUUUUACGUCUUCCAAUUAUUCAGUUUCGGCUUGUGGAUAGCUGACGAUUACUUCUACUACGGUCUGGCAGUUAUGACAAUGUCUGGCUUCGGCAUCACGAUGGCCGUCAUCCAAACCCGCCGCAACCAGCAAAAACUGAGUUCAACGGUCCAUUCAUCAGAUGUAGCUACAGUUAUGCGAGACCGUACGACUGGUAAAACAGAUUCCAUCCCGUCCGAUCGUUUGGUUCCUGGCGACAUCUUAGUGAUACCCUCGCACGGUUGCCUUAUGCCCUGUGACGCAGUUCUUCUUACAGGAACGUGUAUCCUCAAUGAGUCGAUGUUAACUGGAGAAUCCGUACCCGUCACCAAGACCCCGGUCCCAUCGUCCGCGGAUAUGAUAUAUGAUACCAAAGAACACGCACGUCAUACCCUCUUUUGCGGCACGAAAGUCAUCCAAACUCGAUACUUUGAAGGUGAAAAAGUCCUUGCUGUAAUUAUCCGCACGGGAUUCACUACCAGCAAAGGAGGACUCGUGCGAUCAAUAAUGUACCCGCCACCAGUGGACUUCAAAUUCGAGCAAGAUUCCUAUAAAUUUGUUAAAAUCCUGGCGUGUAUCGCGGCAGUCAGCGCUAUUUACACAGCGAUAACCAAAUCGAUGCGCGGGAUACCUGCUCGUGAUAUUAUUCUAGAAGCACUUGAUCUCAUCACUGUUGUUGUUCCACCAGCGCUGCCUGCUGCUAUGACAGUAGGGCGCCUGGUUGCUCAAAACCGACUUGAGAAGAAACGAAUUUACUGCACAAGUCCUCGAGCUAUCAAUGUUUCGGGUUCUAUUGACUGCAUUUGCUUUGAUAAAACUGGAACCCUUACGGAAGACGGUCUAGAUAUGUGGGGAGUAGUUCCGGCAACAGAAAGAAACUUUUUCAUCCCUGUUAAGUCAAUCAGCUCAUUACCGGCCGCAGAACUACUAUUCGGCAUGGUAAGUUGCCAUGAAAUAACAAUCAUUGAUGGAUCAUUGGUUGGAGAUCCACUGGAUCUAAAAAUGUUCGAGUCAACCGGAUGGACCCUCGAAGAGCCUGACGUAUCGGAUAACACCAAGUUCUCGAUGAUGUUUCCGACAAUUGUUCGCCCUCCCAAAAAUUCAAGGCUGUUACAAACUCAAGAACUGCUGCCGGGUAUGUCCUCAGCUCAUCAGAACUCAAUCGCCAUUUCGGAAAUAGGUAUCAUAAGACAGUUUCCUUUCACAUCAAGCUUACAGCGUAUGAGUGUCAUCACCCGGACGUUGGGUGCUACGCACUAUGAUCUCUACUGCAAAGGAAGUCCGGAAAUGAUCCAAAGUCUAUCACGCCCAGAAUCAAUCCCUGCAAAUUUUUCUUCAGUUCUCCAGGAAUACACCUCCGAAGGCUACCGUGUGAUUGCUAUGGGACACAAACUACUCAAUAAAUUAACUUACGCCAAAGUUCAGCGUCUGAGCCGUGAGUCUGCGGAAAGUGAUCUCCAUUUCCUGGGUUUCGUUAUCCUAGAAAAUCGACUUAAGCAAGAAACUACUCCAGUUAUAGAAGAACUUAAUCGGGCAUCAAUAAAGACAGUUAUGGUUACUGGCGAUAACAUGCUGACGGCGUUAUCUGUAGCACGUGAUUGUGAAAUGAUACAAUCAGGCAUGCCAGUUAUUGCUGUAACUGCGGUACAAACUGGUCAACAAAAGCCACAAUUAUAUUACACCCAUAGUGAUCAUACCGUUUCAUCACCAAUACCCUCAAGCAUUAGCGAAAUGACCGAUUUGAAUAGCAUCAUUUCGCUAAAAACAAUCGAAAGUGGUUCAUUCGUUCGCACAGGGGGAUUCUAUCUUCCAGGCGACUGCCACAAGCACAGUACUAACAAAUAUGUAUUUGCAGUUGACGGUAAAACCUGGGCAAUCAUUAAACAAUACUACCCAGAACUUCUUCCUAAAAUAACAACGCGUGGUGCGAUUUUCGCACGGAUGUUACCAGAUCAGAAGCAGCAACUGGUUCAAGAGUUACAGGGUCUCGGCUAUUAUGUUGCCAUGGUCGGAGACGGAGCCAACGACUGUGGUGCCCUGAAGGCUGCUCACACUGGAAUCUCACUCUCCGAUACAGAGUCAUCAGUAGCGUCACCGUUCACCAGCCGGGAAACAAAUAUCUCCUGCUUGCAGUCUGUUAUCCGGGAAGGUCGUGCUGCAUUGACCACCUCAUUCGGCAUCUUCAAGUACAUGGCAGCUUAUUCACUAACGCAAUUCGUCUCAGUGAUGAUUUUAUACGAUAUAGAUUCAAAUUUAACCGAUUUCGAAUUCUUGUACAUCGACUUACUGAUCACAUCAGUGUUUGCAUUCUUUCUACCCCGUACCCAGGCAUAUGAUGGCCCACUUGUUAAAGAUCCUCCGCCGACUAGUUUGGUCAGCACCUCAUCAAUACUGAGCAUCGCUUUGCAAAUGAUUCUCGUCACCGGUUUCCAAUGCUUAAGCUACUGGAAUCUCAAGCAGUAUGACUGGUACAAACAGUUUAAUGUUGAAGAGAGUGAAGACAAAGAUGACGUUUCCUGUUUAGAAAACUAUACCAUUUUUAUUAUCAGUUCAAUGCAAUAUAUCAUACUAGCCGCAACGUUUUCUAAAGGUCAUCCAUAUCGCAAAAGUGUUUUCACUAAUCACGGAUUGCUUGCGUCCUUCAUUUUGAUGUCAAUGUUUUCUUCAUACUUGGCUAUCUGUCCUUUCGACUGGCUGGCUCAUCAAUUCGAACUGGUAAUGCCACCAGAGACUUCAUUCAGGGUCAGACUAGUCCUAUAUGGUGCAGCUAAUUUGAUUAUUGCAUUAAUCGUUGAAUGUUUCAUCGUUGAUUACCUGAUUUCCGGCAAAUUGCGCUACCGCUGGCACAAUGUCGACAAAUCAAAACGUAAAUUUUUGGCAAUAGAACGUGACAUGUUGAAGAACACGAAAUGGCCACCUUUGACACAAGAACCACCAACUCCAGAUGUCGCAGUACCUAAUUCGAUAAGACGGAAUACUGUUACGGAAAUAAAACAAGAGAAGCAUAUUCCUCCCUGAUUAAAAAUACUCAUUGAAAAAUGUGGAAAUAUUUCUCUGAAAAAACUAUGAAAAAGUCUUAUAAAAAUAUGAAAAAAAAAAAGUUAAAAAAGAAUUUUUUGCCGAAAAAAUAAUGAACAACUAUGAAAAAGUCUGAAAAAUUUUUAAACAUUAUAAAAAAUACCUAUUCAUUGCCUAAAUUGGGCCACUUGUAUAAAACUCUUUCAGAGAAAUUAAAAAUUUUGGAUGGAGAUGCUGAAAGAUUAAGUAAAACUAUU